AUGACACUAUCUCCGGAUUUAGAACGGCAGCAGAAGCAGCCGCGAACCGACAUUGCUGUAGCCGAUCGGAGCGUCAGCGAGACGCGUUACUUCGACGACGUGACAAUAACCACGGGCGACAUUUGCGACAAGGAGGAUGGGCGGUUGCUGCUCGCAGGGGCAUGCGACAAUUGCGAGGAUGGCGGCGCGGCUCCGGUGAUAGAAACGACAGCCGUCGGUGAUGGCCAAGGCACCAAUGCUGCUCCUGCUGUUGACAUUUUCCAGGAGGAGGCGGCGGAGGAGGAGGCGGAAGAGGAGGGGGAGGAGGAGGCGGAAGAGGAGGGGGAGGAGGAGGCGGGGGAAGGCGAGGGAGACGAUGGAGAGCCGAGCCUGUGGUCGGCAUUGACGUUCGCAUGGGUGACCCCCACAAUGCGCCUGGGCGCGCGCACAACGCUGCAGUCGGCGGACCUCCCCCCGCCCCCGCGCACCUGGCGCGCGGAUUGGCUGGACGCACAAACGGCGCGCAUAAUGGACGGGGAGCAGGGGGAGAGGGGGCGGAAGAGGGAGGAGCAUGGGGAAUGGGGGCGGAAGGAGGAGGAGCAGUGUGAAGGGGAGCAGGGGGGAAGGCGGGAGGGGAACGGAAGCGGUCAGUUGGUGGUGUCGGGCGGAUGGAAGGCAGGGGGCAGGGGCAGGCGGAAGUGGGCAGAGGACACACGGAAGUGGCCGUUUUGGGCGGCUCUGUACUGGCCGCACCGGUGGGCGCUGUUGCUGCUGGCAGUGAUGUUUCUCGGGGAGUCGAUGCUUCAUGUGGUCAAAGCCGUGCUGCUGUAUCGCAUCGUAAGUGCUGCUGUAUCGCAUCAAUUCUCAAAAACUCCCUGCACAGCAGCAGGGCUGGCUGGGCGCACUGGCAGUGGCGCUGGCCGCGCUGACCCAGCAGCUCUGCUACCGCGCAUACGUCUCCCCUCCCCUUUCCUUCCCCUCCACCAGGUCGCCUACCUGGAAGCGUGUGACAGCAGCAGCAGCAGCAGCAGCAGCGAGGCAGGACAGUGUGGGCCCACGGAGGGCUACCUCACGGCAGCAGGGAUGGGCGCAGUUGCGGUGGCUCUGGCCGUGGUGACCCAGCAGCUCUGCUACCGCGCAUAUGUCGUCUCCACCAACACUCGCACUGCCGCCAUCAGCGCAGUGCAUCGUCACCUCCUCACGCUCACCGCCAGUGCGCUGAGCCACGUCAGCAGCGGGCACUGCAUCAACCUGCUGUCCAAUGACGUGCGCCGAUUGGACGACCUGGUGUUCUGCAGCCAGGCGCUCUGGGUGGCUCCAAUCGAGCUUGUGUUGGUCACGUGGCUUAUAGCGAGGGAGAUCGGAUGGGUGCCCACCAUCGCUGGCAUUGGCACUCAACUGCUGCUUCUUCCGCUACAGCCUGCAGUGGACAGCCGCCCUCAACGCCGUGACGGCUGCACUCUACUUCUCAUUCACCUCCGUGGUGGCUUUCUAAGUCACCUACAAAUCCCCUCCAUCCUCCCCUCUCGUCUUCCACGCAGCCUGCAGUGGACAGCCGCCCUCAACGCCGUGACGGCUGCACUCUACUUCUCCUUCACCUCCGUGGUCGCCCUCGUCACCUUCGCCACCUUCACGUGCCUCGGAGGGCAACUCACCGCAGCCUCUGUGUUCUACGUGCUUACUCUCCUCGAGGUGCGCUGCACCUCUCCUUGCUUCCCUUCCAUGCACCUCCAUCGAGCCAUCCGAAAGGAAAACUGCAUCUCUCACAGCGUGCCUCAGAGGGCACCUCUCACGGCGGCCGCUGUGUUCUACAUGCUCGCUCACGUUCCUCCAGGUACGUCUUUCCUUGCUUCCGUGCCCCUCAGCCGAGCGCUCACGCUUCGUGCUAACUCAGUUCUUGAGGCGCCUCAUAAACACCCUCACGUGCCUCGGAGGCCAACUCACAGCGGCGCUGUGUUCUACAUGCUCGCUCAUGCUCCUAUUGAGUCGACUCAAAAGCAUACGUGCUCGCUCAUGCUCCUCGAGUCCACUAACAUGCCCCACACUUCCCUUCCUCCCCUCCCUCCGUUCCCUCCGCUCCUCCCUCCGUUCCCUCCGCUCCUCCCUCCGGUCCCUCCGCCCCUCCAUACCAUAUCCCCACAGAUCCCGCACUACACCAUGGGGUGGAAGUCCUCACCAUCCUCGGAGCUCGCCUCACAGCCCAGCCACAGCCUCUCCUCCUCUGCUCCCUCACGCCUUCCCUGCCCCCCCCGUGCUGCCUUGGUGCUUGAAAGGGCUUCUUUUGCUUGGGGAGAAGCAGCCGGGGAGGUUAAGGGCGAGGGGAAGUGGGAGAGCAAAGAGGAAGGAGGAAAGGGAUUCAGAGGAAGGAGGAAAAAGCAAGCGCUUGAGGCGAUUGCCGAGUCGACUCAAGCAUCGGCCGGGCAUGUUCUGGAUGUCACCGAGCCUCGCACGGUCGAUGGCACGCCUUAUGGCAAGGGCUACAUGAGCAGAGUCAGGAGUUUCCGACGCAUCCCCAAGGCUUUCCGCGCGCGUUCCCUGCAGCGAUUCAUGAGCUUUCAUGCUGCUGCUGGCCCUUCCCCUGCUGUUGGCCCUUCUGCUGCUGCUGCUUCUGCUGAUGCUGCUGGUGCUGCUGCCUUGGAGGGCACGUGUGUGACUGCACAGGAGGAGCAAGAGGGGCAUGUUGAGAUAGACGGUGCACGCGCACCGAGCGGUCGGGUGGAGGGAGUGAGCGUGAGGGUGGGAGAGGCAGAGCUGCUGGGAGUCACUGGCAAGACUGUUCUACUGUCUGCUGUGCUGCCUGCUGUGCUGCCUGCUGUGCUGCCUGCUGUGCUGCCUGCUGUGCUGCCUGCUGUGCUACCUGCUGAUGGCAAGUCACUGCUGCUGCUGGGUAUCCUCGGGGAAGUGCCUCUCUCAUCCGGCGCCAUGCACCGCUCCGUGCCCUCCCUCGCCUACGCAUCGCAGCAGGUCUGCCUCCCAUUUGCUGCUCAACCUUUGCUACUCGUCUCUCUCUCACCCCUUCCCUACCCACUCCCGCUCCUCAUUGAGGGGACGCCGUUCCUCAUCGAAGGCACGGUGCGUGAAAACAUCCUAUUCGGCACACCGCUAGACGAGGCUCUCUAUGCCAAGUCCCAUUUCCCCAUCACCCACUCCUCCCCUUUGCCCACUCCUCCCCUUUGCCCUCUCCUCCCCUUUGCCCUCUCCUCCCCUUGCCCUCUCCUCCCCCCUGCCCUCUCCUCCCCUUUGCCCUCUCCUCCCCUUUGCCCUCUCCUCCCCUUUGCCCUCUCCUCCCCUUUGCCCUCUCCUCCCCUUUGCCCUCUCCUCCCCUUUGCCCUCUCCUCCCCUUUGCCCUCUCCUCCCCGCCUCUAUCUCCUCCCCGCCUCCAUCUCCUCGCCACUCUCUCUCAUUCUGCUAGUUAUCGUGUUGGACGCCUGUGCGCUCCGCGCGGACUUGGCCCUAUUGCCACCCAUUGCCUGCCACGUGUUUCAGCAGUGCGUGUGUGGGCUGCUGGCAGGGUUGCCCCGGAUUGUCGUCACUCACCACGCGCAGUACCUUGGCAGCUGCGACAGAGUGAUGGUGCUGGAUGGUGGCAGAGCAGCGGUGUGUGGCGUGUGGAGUGACAUCUGUGCCCUGCCCGUUGCUCAGCAACACUGUGACAACCCCCCUUUGGGGCCAGACAGUGACAGUGCCGUCUGUGCCACUGCCACUGCCACUGCCACUGCCACUGCCACUGCCACUGCCACUGCCACUGCCACUGCCACUGCCACUGCCACUGCCGCUGUCACUGGCUCUGGCAGCAGCAGCACGAACACUGAUGCUGCAGUGCCGCCGCUGCCAGAGCUGACACACAGCACUGCUGCCACCGUUGCUCACCCACAGCGCUGCACAGGCAGCGGCAGUGGCAGUGGCAGUGGCAGCGCUGUGGAUCGCGACUUGAGCUGUGAGAGUAACAGCACAGAUGCACCAGCAGAAUGCGAGGAGGAGUGCACUCACAGGGACUCGUCCUUGAGAGGAAGCGAAGAUAAAUGCCCCGUCAUAAGGACGAGUCCCUGUGAGUGCGCUCCUCCUCGCAUAGGAACAGACGCUGAGGUGGAGAGGGUAGAGGCGGCCAAGGAGGGCGUUCAAAGGUCAUCGCCGUUGAGAGGAAGCGAAGAUGUGGCGGGGAGAGCAGAGGGGUUGAAGGGAUUGGAAGAUUCAUGCAGGGAAGGGGAGAGUGUCCCACGUGGGGAGACUUCUGAGUCGAUUCAAAGAGACUCGUCGUUGAGAGGAAGUGGCGGAGACAGCAGAGAAGGGGAGACAGCAGAGGGGGUGAAGGGGCUGGAAGAUGCAUGCAGUGAAGGGAAGAGCGUCCCACAUGGGCGCCAGGGUGCCAAGGGCUCGUUGCACAAGUCAGGAAAAGGACCAUUUGCAGCAAGGAGUUACUCCCUCUUCCGGAGAGUGCAGGAGGAGGAGGAGGAGGAGGAGGCGAGUGGCUCCUCAGAAGGCGACGAGCAAGUCACUCCAUGCGCUUGCACUGGAGGCCUGCUGGACGACCACUGUGUCCGCUCCCUCCCCGCCCUUUAUUCACUUUCCACCCCCCACCACACAAUCACUGUGUGUGUUUGCAGGCCUGCUGGACGUGGAGGGGUGGCAGCGGGGCGCCAUCCCCCUGUCGGUGCGUGUGCUUCCAUCCCUUGGAAGCGGCUGUGUUUCCCGCCGCUGUCUCAUCCCACGCUAUCCCCCACGUCGCUCUGCGUGCCUGCAGGCCUGCUGGACGUAGAAGGGUGCAGCGCGGUGCCAUCAACCUGUCUGUGUGUGUGCUUCAAUCACUGGGUAUGCGUCCCCCUAUCCCAUUUCACGCUAUCCCCUUCCGCGCUAUCCCCAAACCGCUCUGUGCGUGCCUGCAGGCCUGCUGGACGUAGAAGGGUGCAGCGCGGUGCCAUCAACCUGACUGCUGGACGUAGAAGGGUGCAGCGCGGUGCCAUCAACCUGUCUGUGUGUGUGCUUCAAUCACUGGGCCUGCUGGACGUAGAAGGGUGCAGCGCGGUGCCAUCAACCUGUCUGUGUGUGUGCUUCAAUCACUGGGUAUGCGUCCCCCUAUCCCAUUUCACGCUAUCCCCUUCCGCGCUAUCCCCAAACCGCUCUGUGCGUGCCUGCAGGCCUGCUGGACGUAGAAGGGUGCAGCGCGGUGCCAUCAACCUGUCUGUGUGUGUGCUUCAAUCACUGGGCCUGCUGGACGUGGAAGGGUGGCAGCGCGGUGCCAUCCCCCUGUCGGUGUUUUGGGGCUACGCCAGAAAGAUACGCGUGCUGCCUCUGCUGCUCUUUGCCGCCCUCUUCCUCGCCGCACACGUCUCCAACGCUCUCGUCAGCUGGUUCCUCGGCUUGUGGACAGAGGCCCCCGAGACCACACCCCACCCGCUCGCCACCCUCACAGCCAUCGCCCUGUCUUGCGUGGUCCUCUCCCUCCUCGCCUCUCUGCUCCUUCACUUUGCCACGCUGAGAGCCUCCUCCCGCAUGCACUCACUCAUGCUGGUGUCUGUACUCAAGUCGCCGCUCGCCUUCUUCCACCGCAACCCCACGGGCCGCGUGCUGAACCGGUUCAGUGAGGACCUCGGGGUGACUGAUGACGUGCUGCCCCAGCUGCUGCUGGAUUUUCUGAAUCCCUUCGGCCUGUGCUUUGCCGCGGUGGUAUCGGCAUGCAUAGCUGUGCCGUGGACACUCAUCCCCAUGCUGCCGCUGCUGCUGCUGCUGCUGCACCUGCGGCAUCUGUACGUGUGCACGGCCAUGGAGGUCCGACGUAUGGAAUGCACAACACGCUCCGUGCUGCUCGCCCGCUUCCUCGCCACCAUGGAGGGCCUGCCGACCAUCCGGGCCUUCUCCCAGCAGCGCCGCUUCCACCGCCUCUUCCUUCGCCACGUCACCGCCAACGCCAGCCCGCACCUAUUCUGGAUCGCCACGUGGGAGUGGUUGGGCUUCCGAUUGGACCUCCUUGUUGCCGCCGCCCUGCUCUCCGCCGCCCUCGCCGCCGUGGCGCUGCGCCACUCGCUGCCGCCCGCCAUGGCCGCGCUGGCUUUGUCGUAUCUGCUGCAGCUGCCGGACUCGCUGCGGUGGGCGCUGCAAUACGGCGUGGAGCUGGAGAACACGUUCACCAGUGUUGAGCGCACACUCGAGUACACCACGCUGCCAGGGGAAGAGCCCUCACCUGCUAAAAGUAAACUCAAGCAGCAGCAGCACAAGUGGCAGCAGCAGCAGCAGGAAGACCCCACCACCAAAUCCUCCAUACCCAGCUUGCUGCUCGGAGCACUGCAAACAGCAAUCAGGCGCCUGCCAUUUAAGCCACUAUUCUCUCACAAUCCGCCCUCCACCCACUGCCAAGCCUCCGAUGCAACACCAAACAGCAAGGAGGAGGGGUACAGUGGAAUCACCCUUCGCCCCUCGUGGCCGUCAGCAGGGGCAGUGCGAGUGGAGCAGCUGACAGUGCGGUAUGGCAGCACGGGGCUGGCAGUGCUGCGCGGAUUGAGCUUUCGGCUCGCAGGGGGAGAGAAGUGCGGUGUGGUGGGGCGAACAGGCGCCGGCAAGUCCACCCUCAUGCUCACGCUGCUGCGGUUGGUGGAAGCCUCUUCAGGCAGCAUCUGCAUCGAUGAGGUGGACAUUGCAUCGCUGCCACUCGCCACCCUGAGAAGCAAGCUCGCCUUUCAGUAUGGCGACCCCUCCUGCAGCAACACUCAGUACUACUACCCCUACUGCAGCUCCUAA